AUGGGUGGGGCUUCUCGGCAUCUCUCUGGGGUGCCCUGGCCGCUUGUUGCAGCGCUCGCCUGCCUGCUCCGGAGUUGCCCGGCGCUGCAGGGACAGUUACCGUCCUCGCUUGGGACCGACCCCCACCCGGCGCUCUACUUGCCCACUCGUGGUGCACUCGACCGCAGUAGCCCCAACCGCUCCAGCGUACUGAUCGCCAACCCCGGCCUCCGCGUGCCCCUGGGCCGCUCGCUUUGGCUGGACCCGCUCCGGGACCUGGUGAUUCGAGUGCAGCCCAGGGACCGGUGCGAGGUGACGGUACUGGACGCCCUGCCGCUGCUCCAGGGCUCUCUCUCCCCGCGCAGUUUCCCCUGCGCCUUCGGGCCCGGCCAAGUCCAGUACACCCACUUCGGCUCCCGCAGCCCAGGACGCGCCCGGGUGAGGCUGCAGCUGCGCUACGACGCCCCUACUUACACGCUGGUGCUGCCCUUCACGAUGGCAGUGGUCGUGGUCUUCUCCCAGCCGGAGCUGGUGACGCGCAACAGGCCGUUGGUGGUGGAGAAGCUGCGGGGCCUGAGUCGCGCUAUCGACCGGAGCGUGCUGAACUUCGCCUGGCAGGCCUCCCGAGCCGCCGGCACCCGCAGGUGCCGCAUCACUCCUCUUCCUCAUCAGGGCGGCCCAAGGCCCAAGUAUGGGCGCUUGGUGGACGCCGUGGGGGCCCCUCUCCCCGGGGGCCAGGGUGUAGACUGUGAGGCUUUCGUCCAGGCUGGAAUUCUCUAUCAGCACACCGCCACCACCCCUUCGCCCAACCGGGACCACGUUCCCAUGAUGGUGGAGCUGCUAGGGCCUGAGGACGGAGGCCCUGGGUCAGUGGCAGUGCUGAUCCGCGAGCACUUCCAGCUGCUGGUGCUGAUCCGCGAGGGAGCCGAGAACACGGAGCCCAGACCCAGCGUCGGGGCCCUGUUGAUGAUGGAGGCGGAUCAGUUGGUGCUCACAGCCCUGACACCCGACGCGCUGGCCGCGGAGGACAUGGAGUCAGACGCUGAUGACCUGCUUUUCAAUGUUCUCAAUGCCCCCACAGACCCGCCGGGCCAGCAGGGCUACGUGGUCAGCACUGACGACCCCCUGGGCCUUCCAGUCUCCUUUUUCACCCAGCGGGAGCUGCGAGAGCUGAAAAUUGCCUAUCAGCCCCCUACAGAGAACUCUGAUCAGGAGCACCUCUUCCAGCUGGAGCUGCAGGUGGUGGAUGCGGAUGGCGCCUCUUCAGACCCCUUUGUCUUCAUGGUGAUAAUGAAGUCCAAGAACACCCUGGCCCCAGCGGCCAGCUGUUACCAAGGACUGCUGCUUUUUGAAGGUCAGUCAAGGCCUCUGCCCAGCACCCCUCACCUUCAGAUCAGUCAUAAAGAUAACAUGGAAGAACUGAAAAUGGCUGCAGUCAGGGGCUUGAGACAUGGGCAGCUGGUGGUGCUGGGGGCAGCUGCUGGGAGCCAGUAUUUCACACCAGCAGACCUGGCAGCAGGGCGCGUGGUGUACCAGCAUGAUGGCAGCGACACCUUCAGUGACAAUAUGGUCCUCCGAGUGGAGGGUGGGCACCACCGCAUGGAAUUCCUCUUUCCCAUCACCAUCAUACCUGUGGAUGACGAGCCACCAGCAGUGGACGUCAACUCAGGACUCUCACUCACUGAAGGGCAAGUGGUCCAGAUCUCCCCCUCCCUGCUGAGCGCUACAGAUAUUGAUUCUGAGGAUUCAACCAUCCACUUCGUGCUGAAGAACCAGCUUCCAGAAGAAAAAGAGGGAGCGAAGGAGUGGGAUGUGGCCCCUGGUUCCUGGCAUCCACACCACCACCUGGGAGACAUGGUGCUGCGGCAGGCUGGGCCACCACUGUCCCCUGCUGAUGAAGAUUGGCACUAUGUGGAAAAGGAAAAGCUUUAUGAGAAGGUGGUGACCGAGUGGCUGCAGAGAGACAUAACAGAAGGGAGACUGUUCUAUCGCCAUCUUGGGUCACACAGCCCUCCAUCUGGAAUUGCCCAGCUGGCUUUCCAUGUGCAGGAUGACCAUGACCCACCGAAUCUAUCCACCCAGCACUUCUUCAUCAUCAAGGUCCAGCCAGUGGACACGCUGAGUCCAGAGCUGUAUCCAGGAACCACCCUGGAGAUGACCGUACAGAAAUACCAGCUCACUCCCUUCCAGAAGAAAUUCCUCCAAUACAUUGACCAGGAUUCAGAUGACCAGAACCUGUGGUACACUCUGCUGACACCCCCAACUGACACAGAUGACAACCACCAAGUCCCAGCUGGAGAAAUUGUGCUUACUGAUUCACCAGACACACAUAUCAUGCAUUUCACCCAAGCCCAGGUAAAUCACCACAAAGUUGCCUACCAACCUCCACAGAAACUGGGUAUUGUACCACGGGUUGUGCAGUUUACCUACCAGGUGGAGGAUGCUGCAGGCAAUAGCAUCCAGGGCGCAUUCACGUUAUUUUUGCAGCCUGUGAACAACCAGCCUCCCGAAGUCACCAACAGAGGCGUUUUUGUCUUAGAAGGAGACAGCUUUACCUUCAGCAGUAAUGAGUUGAAUGUUACAGACCCUGACACAGACAUUGACCAAAUUGUCUUCAUAUUAGUCUGGGGUCCCCAACAUGGACACUUACAGUACUUUAAAAAAUGUAUGGUCCCCGGGGAAUCUUUCAUUCAAGCUGAUAUUAUUAAUGGGAGUGUCUCUUACCAGCACAGCAGAGACCAGAUCACCACUGACUCCUUCCAUCUGGAGGUGAGUGACGGGGUACAUCAUGUACCCAUUGCUGUCCAUAUUUCUGUGCAUCCCACUGCAGCUAAUGAAAGUCCCAGGAUCUCUGUCACAAAAAGUCCAUUAUUGGAUGUUUCCAUAGAUGUACUAGAGAAUAAAGCCACUGAGAUCACCAUGGGUUUCAUCCAUGGCAACAAAGGCGCAAGUGACUUGAUGCUGUCUUUCACAGUGGAGGACAGCCCCAAGUUGGGUAUCAUUUUAGUGAAUGGCUUACCCACAGAACAAUUCACCCAAGAAGACCUCAUCAGUGGGACAGUAGCCUAUGUCCACACUGGAGGUGAAAUUGGUUUCCAAGAGCAGUGUGAUGCCUUCAAUCUCACCCUCUCUGAGGAUUCUCACCAGUUUGUAGUGGAGAACAGCAUAAUAGAGAGAGUGCAGGUGCAAGUAACUGUGCUGCCUGUCAACAAUGUGGGCCCCAAGGUCUUGGUUGGGGAGCCCUUCAUUGUCUAUGAAGGUGGGAAGAGCCCCUUGGCCUUAAAACAUCUCAAUAUUAAAGAUCUGGACACUCCCCAAGACGAAAUUCUAUGCACAGUGACUGGUCAGCCAGCCUCUGGUUACCUGGAAAACAUUGCACCAGCUCCUGGUUCAGAAGUGUCCCAGGCUGGUAGCCCCAUCAGUGCUUUCUCCAUCAGAGAUGUCCGAAUGAGGUACAUCAAUUAUGUUCAGAGUAUCCACAAGGGUGUGGAGCCACAAGAAGAUCAAUUCAUCUUUUUUUGUUCUGAUGGUAUCAAUGUCUCCCCAAAUGUCUCCUUCCAUAUAAUCAUCUUACCUACCAAUGAUGAGCAGCCUGAACUUUUUGCCGGUGAAUUUGUGGUAUUAGAGGGGAUGAGCCUGGUCAUAGACACCCCACUGCUCAAUGGAGCAGAUGCUGACUUGCCACCGACUAAGCUCCACUUUCAACUCACAGCCCUUCCUCAGCAUGGACGAAUAGUACAGCAGCUGGCUACAGGAAGCCGGCCCAUCCACAGCUUCACCUCACAGGACAUCCACAAGGCCUCCACCAUUGUGUAUGAGCAUGAUGACUCAGAGACCACAGAGGACAGUUUUGAGGUCUGGCUGAGUGAUGGCAAGCACACCACCCAUAGGAAGGUCCACAUUGUGGUGAUCCUGGUGGAUGACGAAACUCCUCAACUGACCAUCAAUGAAGGGCUGGAAGUAAAGACCAGACACUCUGAGGUCAUCACAAAUCAGGUCCUCAAAGCUACAGAUCUUGACUCAGAUGCUAAGAGCCUCAGCUUCGUCCUCCAUUCAGGACCUCAACAAGGGCUUCUACAACAACUGAGGAAGCCCGGAGAAGUGAGGAGCAACCUCACCCUAGGAAUGAACUUUACCCAGGAUGAUAUUGACAGAGGCCUCAUCUAUUAUACCCACACAGGCCAAGAAGGGGUUGUGGACUUUAUCAGGUUUGAUGUGACUGAUGGGGUUAACCCUUUGAUAGACUGCUACUUCUAUGUUACUAUUGGCAGUUUAGAGAGGGUCUUCCCUGAGGUGAUCGGCAAAGAGGUCACUUUGACAGAAGGCAGCAGAGCGACCCUCACCACUGAUCUGCUUAGCAACAGUGACAUCAACAGUCCUGAUGAACAGCUUCACUUUAACAUCACACGGGCACCAAGCCUGGGCCACUUGGAAAACUCUGACCACCCUGGGGAACCCAUUGCCUCUUUCACUCAGUCUCAAUUGGUUAGCAACAAAAUAUCCUAUAUUCACACUUCAAAUAGUGAGGGGAAUGUGGACAGCUUUGAAUUGCAAAUGAGUGCCGAACACAACCCUAUGAUUAGAACCUUCAGGAUCGUCAUCACAGAUGUGGAUCAGAAGAAACCUACCUUGGUCAUCCAUAAACUAACAAUGCAGAAAGGGGAUAAAAGGCUGAUCACACCCUUGGAGUUGACAGUGGAAGACAAGGAUAUCCCAGAUAGACUUAUUCAUUUUACCAUCACUGAGCUCCCCAAUCAUGGCAAGGUUCUAUAUAACGGCAGCCACCCCGUGACCACUUUCACCAAGCAAGACCUGAGUGAGAACCUGAUUAGCUACUGGCAUGAUGGCAGUGAGACCACUGAAGACAGCUUCUCCUUGACUGUGACAGAUGGCACUCAUGCUCACUCCUCUGUCUUCCCAGACACUGCCCUGGAGACAUGCAAACCUCAGGUAAUGAGGAUCCAGAUAAGCUCCCCAGACAGCAGGCUCCCCCAGAUUGCCAUUAACAGGGGUGCCUCAGCCUUGAAGCGCCUUCACACUGGACGCAUGGGUGUCCUGAUUACCAGCAAGUCUCUGAAGGCAGAAGCUCAGGACAGUCCUCACAGGAUCCUAAAGUAUAAGGUCACCAGUGGACCAAUCCAUGGCUUCAUUAUCAACACUGGCCUUGGAAACCAGAGCACUCGAGCAUUUACACAAGCUGACAUUGAUGAGAGGAGGAUCCUGUACGUCCUGCAGGAAGGCAGCAAUGCCACAAAGGACGUCUUCUAUGUCUCUAUUGAAGACGAUGGAGGAAAUGCACUAACAAAUCAGCCCUUCCAUCUAAACUGGGCUUGGCUUUCUUUGGAGAAAGAAUACUACAUUGUGGAUGAAGAUUCCACGUUCUUAGAAGUGGCCCUCACACGCAGAGGAUACCUUGGAGAAACAUCCCUUGUCAGCAUUGAAACCAAAGAUGAAACUGCAAAAAAAGAUAAAGAUUUUAAAAGAAAGGCCUACAACAAACAGGUCCAAUUCAAUCCUGGACAGACUACAGCCAGAUGGAGAAUGAGAAUUGUAUCUGACAAUGAAUAUGAGACUUCAGAGACCUUCCAGAUCAUUCUGUCAGAACCUGUCAUGGCUGCACUGGAGUUUCCAGAAAUGGCAACAGUUGAAAUCGUAGACCCUGAAGAUGAAUCAACAGUUUAUAUUCCAGAGGCAGAAUACAAAAUAGGAGAAGACAUUGGGGAGCUUUUGAUUCCAGUAAGACGUUCUGGAGACGCAAGCCAGGAACUAAUGGUCAUUUGCUCUACACAUCAAGGUUCUGCCACAGGCACGACCAUUCCUUCGGCAGCGUCAUCUUUCUCUGAUUACAUCUCACGUCCAGAAGACCACCCCAGCACCCUCCGCUUUGACAAGGAUGAGACUGAGAAGACCUGCCGGGUCCUGAUCGUGGACGACUCUCUUUAUGAAGAGGAGGAAUCUUUCAGGGUGUCUCUGAGCCUGCCGGUGGGAGGGCGGCUGGGAGCCAAGUUCCCUGCCACCAAAGUGACUAUCCUGGCUGAUCGUGCUGAUGCACCUGCCCUGCACUUUGGGGUUGCUGAGUACCAUGUUGAUGAAAGCGCUGGCUACGUGGAGGUUUGUGUCUGGAGAACAGGCACUGAUCUUUCCCAAGCAUCAUCCGUCACCGUGCACUCCAGGAAGACAGAGCGGGAGUCAGCAGAAGCUGGAAUAGAUUAUGUUGGCAUCAGCCGAAAUCUGGAUUUUGCCCCAGGAAUACGCAUGCAGACGUUCAAAGUGACAAUCCUUGAUGACGUGGGACAGCCCAUCUUGGAAGGUCCAGAGAAGUUUGAAUUACUUCUCCAAAUGCCUGUGGGUGCAGCACUUGGGGAACCGAAUAAAACCACCGUUUUCAUCAGUGACACCAUUCAUGACUGUAAGCAGUGCUUGUAA